AUGGUUUGGCGUUCGAAUCAGGGGCCUAUUCCUGUUCUAGCGGUAGAAAUAGGGUUCCCAGAGCUCAGUUUGGACCUGGAGAAGAGAGUCAAAGAAGCCCUUAAAAAGUCUGAGGCGAAUAUCGACAUAAUUUUCGAUAUCAAAGAAUUCCCAAGUUACAAGAACCCGUUGAGGAAUAGCCAAUUCAUUGAGACGUCCAAAGCUGCUUCGAAAGCGAACACUGAGGAACUUAGAGUGCUAAGCUAUCAAUACUGCAAGGAACGAGCACCGGUCAGCCCUGUGAUGUUUUAUGAUAUUCAAUGGAUGGGUGAACUGACUGCUGCGGUGCAGGUAUUCGACAUUUUUUUUGGGCAUCCCCAGCCUGCGAUUGGGGUCGAGCAGCCGGAAGCUGCGUGUUAUGACCCCUACCCCAAUCUCAAGACAAAAUCUGCAGACUGUGUUGACUCCAAGGAGGGAAUCUACAAUGCCGACCUAGCUCUAGAUUAG